UAUCAUUCAAGUUAAUUUGAGCAAAGUAGCUUGAACUUUACUAAACACCAAAAAUGCGAAUGUCCUGCUUGCCGUUGGCUCUUCUCGCCAUCUUUGCCGUGCUGAUUGUGCACGCGCCUCAAGUUCAAGCUGAAGCCAGUGCUGAGGCUGAGGCUGACGCUGAGGCGGAAAGCUGGGCUGACGCAUUAGCCGAUCCAGGAUGGUCAAGCUUCUUCAAAGCAAUUAAAAAUGCCGUCGCGAAACUGUUUAAGAAGUUAGGCCCAACGAUCGCUGCAGAAGCAGUAAUACAAGGAGGAUCUGCAGCAAUAAAUGCUGCAAGUAAGGAAGAGAAGAAAUAAGAAACGAACUUGCAUGCAUGAUGGAGCUCUUAUAUUUCUUGACAAAAUAAUGAAAAAAUAUAAAUUACUAAACUGUUGUUUUGAAAUCAUGUGAAAAAUAAAUAAAUAGAUUUGCAAC